AUGCUACCACUGCUUCGUGCUACCCGAAAAGGCCACGAGCACCUCUAUCGACGAUGGAUUCAUUCGACCAGUUCGUUGGGCAAUUCUUCUUCUUCGACGCCUCACUCGACGAGGACGACAACCCGGAAGACGACGACGGCCGACCCAGUCAUCGACGAUUCCAUCAUGAGUAAAAGUCAAAACCCAACACUUCAAAGAAGACGAAGUAUCGGUAGAGGUGGUCAGAAUCUUAGUGAACGCUACAAGAGGCUUGAAAGAUCGCGGAGGGGGAAGAAGGCGAGGACGAGGGAGGUGGUCGAGUUAGAGAGUUCGGCGUUGGGUGUUCAGGCUGCGCCUUUGACGGCGACUACGGCUACGACUACGACUCCUUCCGAGAGUCCAGGGACGGCUGGUGCACCGGGUGUGGUGGGGUCUACUUCGAGUGCGGCUUCGACUUCCACUGUGACUGCGACUUCGACUUCGACUGGUAGUGCUACCUCGAAACCGGGCGUGGAGACUUUCAAGGGGUUGGUGAUUCCCCGUAAACCCGAGCCUCCGGCGGAUGAUGAAUGCUGCAUGUCAGGCUGCGCUAUUUGCGUGUACGACCUCUACGACGAGAGUCUCGAAGCCUACGAAGAAUCCAUCGACAAAAUCCGGGCGAGGCUCACGGAUAUGGGGGUCGCUAUGGAGGAAUGGCCUGCGUCCAUACGCCCGGGAGCGUCGUCGUCGUCUUCGCAAGCAUCGGAUUCGCCUCAGGCUGCACGAGGAGCGGUUUAUAGCGCGUUUGAAGAGCUGGAGCGGAAUUUGAAGGCGAAGCAGGCAGCGGCGGCGGAGAGUGCUGCUAGUGCUGAAGCGAAAUCCGAUUAUCCGUCGUCACCAUCGCCACUGCCGCCGCAGCCUCAGCCAGCAUCAACGCAACCAAAAGUGACAUCUGCAACAAGUUAG